AGCAACUUGCCCGGCCAAGUUGGGCAAAUUCAGGCAGAUCUUGGUCCUCCAAGGAAAACCUUUCCCAUCCUCCACAGCACCAAACUGGAUCGCGACGCUGACAGUAGGACAGGCUGGAGCCCAUGCCACAUAUUACCACAAAGCCAGCGACCAGUUGCAGGUGGGUGUGGAAUUCGAAGCCAGCAGCCGCAUGCAAGACACCAGCGCAACCUUUGGAUACCAGCUGGAUCUCCCCAAAGCCAACCUCCUUUUCAGAGGCUCCAUCGACAGCAACUGGAUCGUGGGGGCGGUCUUGGAAAAGAAGCUGAUUCCGUUGCCCCUCACGCUAGCGAUGGGCGCCUUCCUGAAUCACCGCAAGAACAAAUUCCAGUGCGGCUUUGGCCUGACCAUUGGUUAAACUGCCCUUCUCCUUCUCCCUCCUUCCUCCUCUUCCUCCUCCUCUUCUUCAGUGCAGUGCGUGGCCCCGUUGUCCUCCCGCCCUGCACCCUUGUCUGGCCAGAGGUAGCUGUUGGUGUGUGUGUGGGGGGGGGGGGGGGGAGGGGGGGGGGAGGGGGGGGGGGGGUGGAGAGCAGGAAGGAUGCCUUCCGCCUCCCACCCAUAAGGAGGGGUUGGCGGUUCUCGGAGGAGCUGGAGGAUGGGAGGGGGGAGGAUUUGGCCCAAUAUACGGUUCACAAGGUCCUCCGGGCAACGCUUUGCCGCCUCCUGCCACCAGGGGGUGCUCUAGCAUCGGGAAUGGGGAAAGGCCUCCUUUCCCAAGGAUGCCAGGGGGCUGUGGGGAGCUUAGCCCCCUCCCCCCCCCCCCCAUCAACCUCCCCCCCCCCCCAUAUUUCCCAUUUCCUCCCGUUUUAUUUCCCCCUCCAUCCAUCCAAGGAAGGAGAGAGAGCCAAACUUUUGACGGUUUUCCAAAGAGAAAAAUCCAUAGGACCUGCAUUUUGGGUUUUUUUAAACUUCCGUUCCCACUCUAUCGAACUUUCCCUUGUUUUUGUUUAUGGGGGAAUGUGGGGUUUUUUUGGGGGGGGUGGGUGGGGGGUUCUCGCUUCCCUCAUGGGUUUGCCAAAAGAUUAGCGGCAAUCGUGGUUCUGUCGGGCCUGUUUUGGGGGGCGCCCGGUUGCACCCUCCUUCCCUCUCUUCCUGCUGGGUUUGCCAAAAGGUAAAAUGGCAGUUGUGGUUUUAUCAGGCCUGUUUUGGGGGCACCCUUCCUUCC